AUGGAUCAUCAGAGAAUAUGUAAUUUGGCGAAUCCUGAAGAAGAGAAUGACGCUACAUCUUUGAAGAUAUUGCGCAGUAUGUUGAAGGAGGAGCUUCGUCUCAUAUAUAAUGUGACUGGAUCCAUGGGUGGUAGACUUGAUGGGAUUGAAAUGAUGAUUGAAUCAUUUCGAGCGAAUUUCCUGGAGACUAUGAGACGAAGAGGUGUUAGUGAGGAGAAAUUACAAGAACGUUUGAGCAGUCAUUUUGAGACCAUUCAACGUCUAAACGAGGAGCUGACAACACUAAAAUUACGCGAUAUCUUCUCGAAAUAUGCCUGGGCUGUGCCGACCAAGACGAAGAAUGGAAAGGAUGUGAGCAGUGCUAUAGCCUCCAUACUUGAAUACGGUCGUGUACCACAGAAGCUGCAUGUGGACAGAGGCAAAGAGUUUUACAACAGCGAAUUCAAAAAGCUCAUGCAAGACUAUGGCAUUACCAUGUACUCAACCUUUAGUAAUCUCAAAGCAUCAAUCUGUGAGCGAUUCAAUCGCACAUUAAAAGAGAAGAUGUGGAAACAGUUCAGCUUACAUGGAACAUAUGAGUGGAUUCCUAUAGUGAAGAGUCUCCUUCUGUCCUAUAAUGACACCAAACAUGGCACCAUCUGGAUGAAACCUAAAGAUGUCACUGCUGCUCAUGAGAAGUACUUGUUACAUCAUGUCUAUGGAAAACUCAAAACUCCUCGCACGAAGAAAAUCAAGUUCAAGGUUGGAGAUAAGGUGCGCGUCAGCAAGUACAAGAACAUAUUCGGGAAAGGAUAUAUACCCAACCGGACGACGGAGAUAGUCACGAUAAGUGAAGUUUUAAACAGCAAUCCUGUGAUCUACAAGCUCAUCGACUAUAAAGACCAACCAAUUGAGGGUGGAUUCUACCAGGAGGAGUUAACGAAGAUCACAUAUCCUGACGUUUACCUCGUGGAGAAAAUACUCCGAAGACGAGGAAACAAAGUCUUUAUCAAGUGGUUGGGUUUUGAUAAUUCACAUAAUAGCUGGAUAGAUAAGGAUGCAUUGUAA